ACCAAGCCAACACAUCAUCUUCAUCAUCAUCAUCUUCAACAUUCUUUCUUCUUCUUCCUCCAAGCUAGAAAGUAAUUAGGCUGUUGUGAUUCUCUGAGAAAAAGAAGAAACAGAGAGAUCAGUCAUGGCUGCUUCUUCUUCUUCUUUGAUGGCUCUGCUUCUUCUUCUGGUUGUUCCUUUUGUGUAUGGAACAGACCAUACCGUUGGAGGCAACGCUGGCUGGGGGCUUUCUGGGAAUUAUGCCUCUUGGGCCUCUGGACAAACCUUCACUGUUGGUGACAAUCUUGUUUUCACAUAUGACACCAGCCAUGGAGUGGACAUAGUUAAUGAAAAUGACUACAAUAGCUGCAGUACUGGCAAUGCCCUCAAGACUUAUAGUGGUGGAAACACAAAAAUUGCUUUGUCUUCAGCAGGCAAAAUGUACUUCAUUUGCCCUACUCCAGGCCAUUGUGGCUCUGGCAUGAAGCUUGCCAUCGAUGUAGUUGCCGCCGCCUCCACCCCCACCAGUCCGGCCACCCCGUCGACCCCGAAUUCCCCAUCAACACCGUCUACUCCAUCCACCAACUCUUCAACAACUACCUCGCCCCCGCCUUCGAGCAGCGGGGCUGCCGGUGGCUUUGGGAGCUUGAUGGGAUCAUUGGUCGUGUCAUUGUUGAUGUUGGCUUUCAUGUGCUAGGAAAGAGGCAGUGCUAUUUUUUGUGGUUGUUUUAAUUAUAUGAUGGUGAUGAUGAUGUUCAUGAUCAUCAUGUUCUUUGUUUGUUUGGAUUUGUGUGAUUUGUAUUCAAUGAGGAAGUUAGAUUUGAUGUUGACAUAUGUUAUAUCUUUUUAAAUUUAAGUGAAUAAAUUUUGUUCAGAUUUU